AUGAUAGACCCAAGUUCAUCCGAGGAGGAGAGUGAGGAGGAUCAGAGCACACACCAUGGCAGCGGCGGCGGUGGUAGUGCCGGCGGCCGUGCUGGGAGUGGUAGCUCUCACGGAUCCCGUCGUCAUCCCGGAAGUAUUGGUAACGGUCCAGGUUCCGGUAGCGUCGGUUCGCUCGCAUCUAGCCUCACCGCCUCACCCGGUGGUCCAAAUCACGUAAGCGCUCCGAGCACCGCAAGUACUCAUGGAUCCGGGAGUCGUGUUACUGCGGGACCACAGGAAACUGCUGGGGUCGGUUUGGACGUGCCCAAUCUCACCAGCGCCAGAAACUCUCUGUCACCAUCGAUGAGCGCGACUCAGGAUGCCUCGAAUUAUGCUCAACGACCCACUAGUCCGUCUCCUUCGGUGGCCAGCGAGAAGACAGAAGCGGAAUUGCAAGAUAAGCAAGAAAGAGAAGAAGAACAAAGGAAAACUCGGAUUCAGCUUUAUGUCUUCAUAUCUAGAUGUAUUGCUUAUCCAUUCAACGCUAAACAACCGAUGGACAUGACGCGAAGACAGAUGAAAGUUACGAAGCAACAACUAGAAACUAUAUGUUCUCGUUUUCAGAGUUUUUUAAAGGGUGAAACACAGAUCAUGGCCGACGAAGCAUUCCAUAAUGCCAUACAGAAUUACUACGACGUGUUUCUGAAGUCAGACCGAGUGGUACAAAUGGUGCAGAGCGGUGCAUGCUCCCAGCUCGACUUCCGUGAGGUAUUCAAGAAGAACAUUGACAAGCGUGUUCGGAGCCUCCCGGAAAUCGACGGACUGAGCAAAGAGACUGUACUUACGUCUUGGUUGGCCAAAUUUGAUUGUAUUUUAAAAGGUACUGGUGACGAAGACACCAAACGGCCUUCCAGGAUGCAACAGCAGUCUUUGAACUCGGAGCUGAUACUGUCGAAGGAGCAGCUGUACGACAUGUUUCAACAGAUACUCGGCAUCAAGAAGUUCGAGCACCAGCUUCUGUUCAACGCCCUCCUGUUGGACUCAGCCGAUGAACAGGCUGCCGCCAUCAGGAGGGAGCUGGACGGUCGCGUACAGAAGGUCAACGAGAUGGAGAAGAAUCGCAAGCUCAUGCCUAGAUUUCUUCUGAAAGAGAUGGAGUCGCUCUACAUUGAGGAGCUCAAGUCGUCUAUCAACCUGCUAAUGACUAAUUUGGAGUCGUUACCAGUCUCUAAGGGUUCGAUAGACAGCAAAUACGGGCUGCAGAAGCUGAAGCGCUACAACCAUCGUGGUGAGCGCUCCCGCUGCCGCGGUCAGGGUUCUCUCGCUAAACUGGAGGGCGACUCCGCUGAUUCCGAUCCCCAGCUGACGAAAAUGGACGUCGGCCUGACCUUCCAGCUGGAAGUAGUCGUAAUGGAGGUUAAAGGCCUCAAAAGCCUAGCACCCGAUAGAAUAGUUUAUUGCACUAUGGAAGUGGAGGGCGGCGAGAAGCUACAGACCGAUCAGGCUGAGGCCUCCAAACCUAUGUGGGAUACUCAGGGUGAUUUUACGACAAUGCACCCGCUGCCAGUGGUCAAAGUCAGACUGUAUACUGAAAAUCCAGCGAUGCUUGCGCUUGACGAUAAGGAAUUAGGCAAAGUGAUUCUACGGCCUACCCCACUGUCAUGCAAAACGCCCGAGUGGCACCGCAUGAACGUACCCAAAAAUUGCGCCGAUCAGGAUCUACGUAUGAAGAUCGCCUGUCGUAUGGACAAGCCGCUUAACAUGAAGCACUGCGGCUAUCUCUACGCAAUGGGCAAGUCCGUGUGGAAAAAGUGGAAGAAGCGGUACUUCGUGUUGGUCCAGGUCUCGCAGUACACAUUUGCGAUGUGCUCAUACAAAGAAAAGAAAAGCGAGCCAUCGGAAAUGAUGCAGCUCGAUGGCUAUACAGUGGACUAUAUCGAGGCCGUUUCCGCUAAUCUCAUGGUUGGCAUGGAUUUAGAGGGAGGAAGGUAUUUCUUCAACGCUGUUCGUGAAGGCGACAAUAUAGUAUAUGCCUCGGAUGACGAGAAUGAAUGUCACUUGUGGGUGAUGGCAAUGUAUCGGGCGACUGGUCAGUCGCACAAGCCUACCCCGCCUGUCUCCGUAGCUGACAAAAAUUCAACCAUAAGUAAGAUUCAAGGUGACGCCGAUCGCGCAAAGAAGCACGGUAUGGAAGACUAUAUCAGUGCGGAUCCAUGCAAGUUUGACCAUCACGGACUAUUCAAGUACUUGCAGAACUUGAUCCUAGACUAUAGAUUGAACGAUCCUUACUGCUCGCUCGGAUGGUUCUCACCUGGUCAAGUUUUUGUGUUGGAUGAAUAUUGUGCCAGGUACGGCGUGCGCGGAUGCUUUCGACAUCUCUGUUACCUUCAUGAUCUGUUGGAUAGAAUUGAUCGCGGGAUUAUGAUAGAUCCGACAUUGAUACACUAUGGUUUUGCUUUCUGUGCUACUCAUGUUUACGGUAACACAACAUCUGCCGAUGGCGUGGGCUCGAUUACUCAUGAAGAAAAAGAUAAAUUUCAGGAGAUUAAGGAACGACUGAGACAGAUUCUCGAAAAUCAAAUCACCAACUUUAGGUACAGUUUUCCAUUUGGGCGUCCGGAAGGCGCGUUAAAAGCGACUCUAUCUCUUUUGGAACGCGUUCUCAUGAAGGAUAGUGUGACACCCGUGCCACAGGAGGAAGUGAAAGCUCUCAUAAAGAACUGCUUAGAAACGGCGGCAUUGGUAAAUUACACAAAAUUAUCCGCCGAAGCUAAGAUCGAGGACGAUCUUAGCGGUGAAGUGUGUGUGCCUCCUAGCAAGAAGCUGGAGGAUCUCAUACAUCUUGCUGAGCUGUGCGUCGAUUUACUACAGCAAAAUGAAGAACAUUAUUCGGAGGCGUUCGCCUGGUUUAGCGAUCUUAUGGUGGAGCAUGCCGAGAUCUUCUGGUCGCUGUUUGCCGUCGAUAUGGAUAAAGUACUGGCAGAGCAACCACCAGACACAUGGGAUAGCUUUCCGCUGUUCCAGAUAAUGAAUGAUUAUCUUAAAACUGACGACAAUUUGAAGAAUGGAAGAUUCCAUCAGCAUCUACGCGACACGUUCGCGCCAUUGGUAGUACGUUACGUUGAUCUUAUGGAAACGUCGAUCGCUCAGUCGAUUCAUAAAGGCUUCGAGAAAGAACGAUGGGAGAUUAAGGGAAACGGGUGCGCCACAUCAGAGGAUCUUUUCUGGAAGUUGGAUGCGUUGCAAUCAUUCAUCGGCGGGUUACACUGGCCUGAUCAAGAGUUUAGACAACAUCUUGAGCAGAGACUAAAACUAAUGGCAUGCGACAUGGUAGAGUCGUGCAUUCAAAGGACUGACGCGGCCUUCCAACAAUGGCUUAAAAAAGGCGUGACUUUCAUCUCUACAGAUUAUAUCAUACCAUCGGAAAUGUGUGCUAUGGUGAACGUUAUUUUGGACGCCAAGAAUCAGAGUUUUAAGCUUUGUACUGUCGAUGGUGUUGAUGUGCAUCAAUAUCAUUCCAAGAUUGAUGACAUGAUUGAAAAGACAUCAGCAGGAAUGAACCAAGGAAUGAUUAAUAAGCUCAUAACGGUAUUGGAAGCAACACUCUCCAAGUUGUCUCGUUACGAUGAGGGUUCACUUAUUGGUUCCAUUCUCAGUCUUACGAAGGUAUCAGGAAGCGGGAAGGAAAUGGGACAAGCUUAUGUAAAUUUUAUGAGAAAUUGCAUAGAUCAAAUUCGCAGCAAAGUCCUUGAUGAAUUGUGGAUUUUGACCUUCUUCGAGCAAUGGUACACUGCGCAAAUACAAAUGCUAUGUAACUGGUUGUCUGAAAGACUUGAUCACAGCCUGCAUUUGUAUCAAUGUACCUGCCUAGCUCAUAUUGUGAAGAAGAUCUACUCGGACUUUGAGCUCCAAGGUGUUAUGGAGGAAAAACUCAAUACGAAGACAUAUCAGACUAUAGACAAGAGGAUGAAAACGGAAGAAGCAACUUGUGCCUUAACCAUGAGCGCUCAGAACGAAGAAGGGCUUUCAGAGAAUGGCAAUGACGACGAGGUGGAGAGACCUAAGACAAAAGUGACGAUCGUUGAGACGAUAACAGAAGACGCAAAUUACGUGGCCAAUUUGAGCAACGUUACAUCGAACGUUGUUGGCAAAGUCGGUAGUAUGUUUGGCAAGGGCAUCGGUGGUCUUUCUACGAAAUUCGGCUCAGCCAGCAAUUGGUUCUAG